AUGUCAAGAUAUCCAAAUACAGAUUAUUAUCCAUCUAAUAAUAAUAAUAAUAAUGGCCAUUCUACCAGAUACAAUAAUAAUCGGCAACAAACUCACAAUAUCCAACGCCAACCUACUUAUCCUGCAAAUCAUCAAAUUGUUGAUUUGCGUCAGAACGAUUUAGCUGCAAAAGCAAACAAAAGAAAAUCAGUUAGACAUGUAGAAUUAACUAAAGGAAAUUUGAUUCUUGAUUGUCCAGUUCCAGACAAAAUACUACGUAAUGUCCAAUAUACAACUGGCGAAGAAUUUACAAGUAUGAGAUAUACCGCUGUAACAUGUGACCCAAAUGAUUACAUCAGUAACAAUUAUUAUCUUCGUCCUUACAUUUAUGGACGUAAGACUGAAAUCAUGAUUGUAAUGACAAUGUACAAUGAAGACGAUCAAUUAUUCAUUAAAACAAUGUCUUCAGCCAUUAAAAAUGUUGCACAUCUUUGUUCAAGAGAUCGUUCAAAAGUCUGGGGAAGUGAAGGAUGGAAAAAAAUCGUAGUGGUAGUGGUGGCUGACGGUCGUAAUAAAAUUAAUAAAAGAGUCUUGAAAGUUUUAGGUGCCAUGGGCGUUUACCAAGACAAUAUCAUGCAAGAUAGUGUGGCUGGAAAACCUGUUACUGGACAUUUGUUCGAGUACACUUCUCAAUUGUUGGUUGAUAGUGAAUUCAAUAUUCACGGAUCAAAUAAAAAACUUCCACCAGUUCAAGUAUUGUUUUGUUUAAAAGAGAAAAACGCAAAGAAAUUAAAUUCUCAUCGUUGGUUCUUUAAUGCUUUUGCUGCUCAGUUAAAUCCAAAUGUUUGUAUCCUACUCGAUGUUGGAACAAAGCCUUCUCAUACUUCUGUUUAUCAUUUAUGGAAAGCAUUUGAUCGUGAUCCAUCAAUUGGUGGUGCAUGUGGUGAAAUUAAAGCAGAACUUGGAACUGGAUGGAAAAAUUUGAUUAAUCCAUUAGUAGCGUCUCAGAAUUUCGAAUACAAAAUGUCAAAUAUUCUUGAUAAACCAUUAGAAUCUGUUUUUGGUUACAUUUCUGUGUUACCUGGUGCUUUUUCUGCUUAUCGAUACAAAGCUUUAUUAAAUACUUCCCCUGGUAAAGGUCCUUUGGCCUCUUAUUUCAAAGGUGAGGCUAUGCACGGAGCUGGAGACGCUGGUAUUUUCGAAGCUAAUAUGUACUUGGCCGAAGAUCGUAUCCUAUGUUUUGAACUAGUUGCUAAAAAACAUGAAGGUUGGAAAUUAAAAUAUGUCAAGUCUGCAAAAGCUGAAACAGAUGUGCCGGAUAGUGUUCCUGAAUUUAUAUCACAACGUCGUCGUUGGUUAAAUGGAUCUUUCUUUGCUGCAUUUUAUUCAAUUGCUCAUUUCACUCGUAUUUGGAGUUCCGGCCAACCAAUCCAUCGAAAAUUUUUACUACAAAUUGAAUUCAUCUACAACGCCAUCAAUCUAGUAUUUAAUUGGUUUGCUUUGGGAAACUUUUAUUUGUCAUUUUUCUUUUUAACAUCAGCAGUAACAGCCGACCCUGCCACGGAUCCUUUCAGAGGGUUCGGCAGUGAAUUAUUUGACAUUGUCAGAUCACUUUACAUCAUGGUCAUAGUAACGAUAUUUAUUAGUUCCAUGGGUAACAGACCUCAAGGUUCCAAAUUAAUCUACACAUUGUGUAUUGUAUUAUUUGCCUUGAUCAUGGCAACCAUGUUAUAUUGUGCAGGAUAUACAGUUUAUUUGAGUGUAAUAAAAGAUAAUACUAUCAAUUUCAAAAAGCUACAAUCAAUCAAAGAAGCAUUAAGCAAAGCUGCGUUCCGUGAUAUCGUUAUAUCACUUGCGUCAACAUAUGGAUUAUACUUUUUCUCAUCAUUUAUUCACGGAGAACCAUGGCACAUGAUAACAUGUUUAGUACAAUACAUCUUAUUGGUACCAUUCUAUGUAAACAUUUUGAUGGUUUAUGCAUUUUGUAAUACUCAUGACGUUUCUUGGGGAACAAAAGGUGAUAAUGGUACUUCCGGUGAUUUGGCCGUCGCUCAACCUGUUGCUGGUAAAGAUGGUAAAAAAUUGCUGCAAGUCGAGGUACCAACAGAACGUAAAGAUAUCAAUGCUGCUUAUGAUCAUCUAAUCGGUGAUUUGAAAGUUAAAGUUCGCGAGGAAAAACAACAUAGAGAUGCUGCCACCAAAAAAGAAGAUUUCUACAAGUUAUUUAGAACUAAUUUGGUUUUGGUAUGGAUGUUUACAAAUGGUUCGCUGAUUGUAUUCUUUACAUCAAACACAUGGAAAAAUUAUGUCGCAGAAAAAAAUAUCAAUGGUGCUUAUAAUCCUUAUCUUACUUUUGUAUUUUGGUCUGUUGCUGGAUUAUCUGCAUUCAGAACAUUUGGCACUGUGUGGUAUUUGAUCCACAGAGCAAUAUUUGUUUAUCAAAAUUGUACCGAGUAUGAAGAAGAGGUGCUAAACCAAAUUAAAUGGACCACCACAAGAAGAGGAGUAUCGUCAACAUUACAACAAACACCAAAUCAUGGGAAAAUGCUUUGGGACAGAAUACAACAGGAAUAUCAGGAUAUUUAG